AUGCUGCGCCAAUUCGGCAUCCUGCAUUAUGGCCGAGAACCUCAGAUUACGGCAAUGUGGGAUGCAGCGACCAGCAACGCACAGAACAGGGCUAUGUUGAAUGUGGGAGAGGCGUCAAUCCAUCUCGCAACUGUCAGAGACACCCAGCCUUGCGAGCCUCCAAAGACUCUGCAGACGGCUGGCUCUACGGAUGACACCGGAAGCGGGAAAGCGCAUGAGAUUUUGUGCACAAGUCGAAUUCGAAACCGGGCGAAAGAAUCUUCCAUGAUCUGCGUCCCGGCAUCUCUUCUACCCACGGCCGCGGCCCGCAAUGCAACCAUGCAGCAAUACAUCCACGCAAUUUUGCAUAUGCACCGUAAGGACCGGCACGUCGCUACUUGGGUCAACGAUGCCCUACGGCAUCCUGAUGCUGCGCCGGAUGUACUUCCGGAGGCUCCUCCCGUUGACUAG